GCUCUACAGGCCCAACACCUGACUGCUCUCCUCCAUCACCAGACACUGCACUUAAAAACAUAGUAAAAGUUAUACGUCCUCAGCCCAAGCAGCGCACAUCAAUAGUAUCUUCUCUGGAAUUUCACCGAAUGAAUCACAGCCAUGAUUAUUUUGAAAUCAACUCAUCUAUUGGCUGUACAAGUUUUAUUUCCACUCCUGCAAUCAGCCCAGCUAAUUAUCCCUUUGGAUCUGUGGAAGACAGUAUUGAAGAGAGAGAACUUCCAGAGCGUCUUUGCCAGGAAGAAUCAUUUACUGAAAGUGAGCUUCCUGAAGGUCACCCCGCUGAGCAGUUUGCAGGUUUACUUCAUGGAUCAUCACCCGCCUGCGACCCACCUGAUAAUCCACUCCAGCUGUACAGCAAAAUAAACCAAUGCAGCGGUGCAGUAGAGAAAAGCAUUUUGAACAGGAACACAGUCCAGCAGAUCCAGCUGCGGAAAGAAAACACUGCAGAUCCUCCCGUUAAGAAAAAAAAGCCACCAGUUGUCAACAGAACCAUAUUUCAUACAAAAACGAAACCAGUGGAAAAUCGUACGCUGGUUGGCCCAGCAGCAAGGAUAAGUGAUCAGUGGGUUGUUACUACUGGGGGAUUUGUGGAGCGCGCAUGCACGCUCGGGAGAAUACGUUCUUUACCAAAGACCUUGCUUGAAAUGCAUUUGUGCAAAAACGUUUCAAAAUCUGAUUCCAAUCUCAUUUCCCAUCCACCAAAUGACAAAAAAGCGAGAAGCAACUGGAGUGAACCCACACCAAGUCAGCAGUGCUCUAAAGGAAACUCUGAGAGAACACCUUCCUUCACAUCAGAAUGGGAAGAAAUUGAUAAAAUUAUGAGUUCAAUAGAUGCCGGAAUUAAUACUGGCCUAGAGGAGAUGAACGAUCACUUAACAAGACCCCGAUGCCCUGUCCAGACAGUGGGACAAUGGCUGGAAAAUAUUGGGCUACCUCAGUAUGAAAACCACUUGCUGGCUAAUGGAUUUGACAAUGUACAAUUUAUGGGAAGCAACGUAAUGGAGGAUCAGGAUCUAUUGGAAAUAGGAAUACUUAACUCUGGACACAGACAGAGAAUUCUCCAAGCAAUCCAGAUUCUCCCAAAGAUGAAGCAGGUUGGUCAUGAUGGCUACAACCCUGCCUCUGUAGCUGAGUGGCUGGAUUCCAUUGAACUGGGUGACUAUACCAAAUCCUUUCUAAUUAAUGGCUAUACAUCGAUGGACCUCGUAAAAAAAAUCUGGGAGAUUGAAUUAAUUAAUGUCUUAAAAAUUAGCUUGAUUGGCCAUCGGAAGCGCGUUCUGGCCUCCUUGGGAGACAGACUCCACGAAGAUCCCCCUCAGAAGCCACCUCGCUCAAUAACCCUCAGGGAACCCAGUGGUAACCACACUCCUCCUCAGUUGUCUCCAUCACUUAGCCAAAGCACUUUCACUACUGGUGGCUCCCUGGACGUUCCCCACAUUAUCAUGCAGGGCGAUGCAAGGAGAAGAAGAAAUGAAAACUACUUUGAUGACAUUCCCCGGUCAAAGCUGGAGAGGCAGAUGGCACAGCAGUCCUCUGUCUGUGAGAUAUGGACCAACCAGAAUGCAGGAUAUCCUUUCUCUUCGAUUCACCAGGUUCAUAAUACAGGAGACUGGGGAGAGCCUUCAAUUACCUUGAGACCUCCAAAUGAAGCCACAGCUUCAACACCUGUACAGUACUGGCAACAUCAUCCAGAGAAACUCAUCUUCCAGUCAUGUGAUUAUAAGGCAUUUUAUUUAGGUUCUAUGCUGGUAAAAGAGUUAAGAGGAACAGAGUCAACACAGGAUGCUUGUGCAAAGAUGAGGAAGUCUACAGAACAAAUGAAGAAAGUUCCAACUAUUGUUCUGUCUGUCUCUUACAAGGGCGUCAAAUUUAUUGAUGCCACAAAUAAGAAUAUUAUUGCUGAACAUGAAAUCCGUAACAUUUCCUGUGCUGCACAAGACCCUGAAGACCUUUCUACAUUUGCGUACAUCACUAAAGACUUGAAGACUAAUCACCACUACUGCCAUGUAUUCACUGCGUUUGAUGUGAAUUUAGCAUACGAGAUCAUUCUUACACUGGGACAAGCUUUUGAGGUGGCCUACCAGCUGGCACUACAAGCACGAAAAGGGGGCCAUUCUUCAACCCUUCCAGAAAGCUUUGAAAAUAAACCCUCCAAACCUAUUCCAAAACCACGCGUUAGCAUUCGGAAGUCUGUGAUAGAUCCAUCCGAACAAAAGACUCUUGCAAACCUACCAUGGAUUGUUGAACCUGGACAAGAAGCCAAAAGAGGCAUUAAUACCAAGUAUGAAACUACAAUUUUCUGAUACAAAACUGACCCCCUGUUCCUUGUUGUGCCUUGCACUCCAAGCAGUCACAGCACAGCCUUUCCUUUAUGGCAACGUUUCGAUCCAGCAGAGAGGAAGACUGCACCGUCAGAGUGGCCUUGUAACUAACAAAAAGGCUGACAGUCAUUUCUGGUGAUGUUCUUCUUCCUGCCGCACUGACAGAAGAAUGACACUACAUGAGGACUUUUCAAAUUACAGUCUACAAGAGGAGAGAGAAAAAUUAUUUUUCCUGCGGUUCUCCCUUGUGACUCUGCCACAGUGCUUUCUUUGGUUUCUUAUUUUAGAAUUCUACUUUUUAAAAGACAAAAGGUCUAAACUAACGGUAAUGCUGCCUCUGAGUAGAAUAUUUGAUUGGUUUUUUAUUUAAAUCUGGGCAGUUUUUAAUUGAAAUUGAACCAGAAUUAAUAAAUAGAGCAUUUGUGAAACCACUGAAUUCAUUAAUAACUACUGUAUUGAAUAAAGAAUUCAUUAAAGUGACAAGAAAUUAGGUACCCUGAUUUCUAUGUGCGCUGGUUUUAUAUGUAAUCAUUGGUGUCCUUUGAUCCUCUGCAGAAAUAGAAGCCUCUUACAUUGCGACAAAGGAUCAGAGUUUUAUGAAUGGUUAUAAAAAGGUGUUAAUUAUGCACAGAGAACAUUUCUUUUAUUAGAUAUUUUUAUGGAAGAGAAGUAAUAUAGGAAAACAUAGGAAUAUUUAUGGAAAGGAAGCCAGAUUAAUUAUGAAAUAAUAUUGUUUAUUUUAAAGUUAAUUAAAAAACUACUAUUGCAGCAUUAUGGCAAUUAUAAGUCGUUGCAUCAGUGCACGACAUGUUUUGUGUGAUCAGUCUGAAGUGAAAGUAGAAUGGUCAUUCUACUACACCUACAUCUAGUUUAUGCAAUUCAACAUUGCUAUAGCCAUGAAUCCUACUAGCAUUUAAAAAAUAUCUCAGUGGUUCUAAAUACAAAAAUCAAAACUAACAAUUUUGCUAUCAAGAUUUCUGUCAAAGAAACUGGUUUGGAAGAGUGUUGAUAAAAUUCUACUGCAAAACAUUUUCUAAGUAAAAAUAGCAAGAAAAAUAAAAAAAUUCCAAAGUAAUAAAAUGUUUUCAUGAAACAAAAUAGUUAAGCAUUUGCUUAAUAUUUGAUUAAAUAAGAUUUACUUACAUUUUCUUUAAAGUGUUUUAAUUUUUUUAAUGUCUGUGGAGUAUUUGUAUAAUACCAUGAUGUAUAUUUAUGUAGAACUGGAAUUAUAACAGUACAAAUAUCACUAUAGGAGAAAAAUGACAUUUUAACGUAUAUUGUUCUAUCCAGUCAAAUUGUGAAUCAUUUUGAAGUUCAUUAUAGAGAUAUUGAUAAAUUGUGUGGUUGUCUUAAUGUUUUUUUUAAUUAUUAUUUCCUAUCCAGCUGAGGUUUCCAGUCAGAAUCAGUUAGUGAAUUCCAAAAAAAAGAUAACUGAACUUGGUUUAAACCUGAUAAUUGUACAUGGUUUAGUUAAACCUAAUUAUAGCGCUGAGUGAUGACAUACUUUUAAUACAGUAUUCAAUUUACUUGAAGAAAAUAGUUCCUUGUACAUAUUUUGCCUAUUCACUGUUGAUAUGUACGUAGUCAACUGACAGUAAAAAAUAACACUAAAAAUAUGGUACCAAAAGGAAAAUUGUAUAGGAGAACAGUAAAUAGUAGCCUCACUGCAACAAAUACUUAUGUAAAUAUGCUUGGGCUUCCAGUUAUAAAUUUUGUAAUUUUGUCAUUUAUUUAUAUCCUAUAAAAGCACACAAAAUAAAAUGAAGUUGUACAGUC